AUGGUUGAUGAGGAUUCAUUAGUUUGGAGUGAUAGUACUCAUGGUGAAUAUAGUGUUAAAAGUGGAUAUAAAUUGUUGAUGAAUGUUACAGGGAAGAUAAAUGGUGGAUCUCAGCAGGAUGAUUGGUCUAGUCUUUGGAAAAUUUGUGCUCCACCAAAGGCUAAACAUCUUUUAUGGAGGAUUAGCAAAGGUUCCCAAGCUCGGCUAUCAGCAGGUCUUGAUCAAUUUUUAGCACCAUUUUUACUGCAGGCCAGCAGUGUUAAAGAGCUUAUUUUUGCAAUUUGCUCUGGUUCUGACAAGGAGUUGGCUGGUCUUUUUGCGAUGCUUGUAUGGGUUUUAUGGAAUAACAGAAACAAUGUUGUUUGGAACGAGUUGCAGGACAAUGGAAGAAAUCUGGGAUUUAAGGCACGACACAUGUGGGAGGAAUGGAUAUCGGUGCAACAGCUGCAGCAUGGUGCAAGUUAG